ACCUCGUCCCUGACCCUCACCCAAAGGCCAGGCUGCGCGGGUCCUCGAGCGGGACAAGGGGACCCCAAAAGGGCGGCCUCUCUGCGGGAGGCUGGGCUUGAACCGAGCGCGGGUCCUGGAGGGGCGCGUGGCGCGGGGACAGAGGCUGGGAGGGGAGACCCGCGCUUGCAAAUCCAGAGCAGAGCAGCGCCCUAAGUUAGGACUGGGCUUUAGUCGUGUGGCCUUGGGCAAGCCACUUAACUUGUCUGUGCCUCAGUUUCCCUGACGUUUAAGUGAGAGAUUUGAGAAUCUACAAAACCAUUUAUUGGUCUGCUCGUUCUGGUCAGGUUUUCCUUCACCAUCCCUGCUCCUCUCCGCUCUGUCCCACACACAAUUCCAGGGUCUCUCUCAAACUCUUCCAUUUGGAAGUGAUGUGAGCUCGAAUCUUCCUCCUCUUUCUACCUCCUUGAAUGCUCUUUAAUUGACUUUUAUUCAGUGAUUCGGAGGAGAUGAAGUCCUUUUCAAUACUUUCUCCAAUUAUCGUCAUAGAUUAUUUUUUAACUAAAAUUUUGUUACUGAGAAAAACUUUUUUUUUUUUUUUUUUACUUUAGGCAAAUACUAACAUCCCUAUUUUGUCAAGAGAUUAAAAAUCAAGAAAUAUAAACCAGAUGUAGCAGUUUCUUGACAUGGAGAACCAAGCCCAUAAUACCAUGGGAACUUCUCCUUGUGAGGCUGAGCUUCAGGAACUAAUGGAACAAAUUGACAUCAUGGUAAGCAACAAAAAAAUGGAUUGGGAAAGAAAGAUGCGGGCUUUGGAGACACGAUUAGAUCUUCGGGAUCAAGAACUGGCAAAUGCACAAACUUGUUUGGAUCAGAAAGGUCAAGAGGUAGGGUUACUUCGACAGAAAUUGGACAGUCUGGAAAAAUGUAAUUUAGCAAUGACUCAGAAUUAUGAAGGACAACUACAAAGCCUAAAGGCUCAAUUUUCCAAACUAACAAAUAACUUUGAAAAACUGAGAUUACAUCAGAUGAAACGAAACAAAGUUCCACGAAAAGAAUUACCACACCUUAAAGAAGAAAUACCCUCUGAACUGAGCAAUUUGAACCAGAAAUUAGAGGAAUUUAGAGCAAAGUCAAGAGAAUGGGACAAGCAAGAGAUAUUAUAUCAGACUCAUCUGAUUUCUUUAGAUGCUCAACAAAAAUUAUUAUCUGAGAAGUGUAAUCAGUUUCAGAAACAGGCACAAAGUUACCAAACUCAACUAAAUGGUAAAAAACAGUGCUUAGACGACAGCAGCUCUGAAAUUCCUCAUUUGAUAUGUGACCCAGAUCCCAAUUGUGAAAUCAAUGAAAGCGAUGAGUUCAUUAUUGAAAAACUGAAAUCAGCUGUAAGUGAGAUAGCACUAAGCAGGAAUAAAUUACAAGAUGAAAAUCAGAAGCUCUUGCAAGAACUGAAAAUGUACCAAAGACAGUGCCAGGCCAUGGAAGCAGGUCUCUCAGAGGUAAAAAGUGAGUUACAGUCACGUGAUGAUCUCUUGAGAAUUAUAGAAAUGGAACGAUUGCAAUUACACAGAGAAUUAUUAAAAAUAGGAGAGUGCCAAAAUGCUCAAGGAAAUAAAACAAGACUUGAAUCAUCUUAUUUGCCUUCUAUUAAAGAACCAGAAAGGAAAAUAAAAGAGCUGUUUUCAGUGAUGCAAGAUCAACCAAAUCAUGAAAAAGAAUUGAAUGAGAUAAGAAGCCAACUCCAACAGGAGGAAGAGUACCGUAACUCUGAGCAGGAAAGAAUGAGGAAUGAAAUCUCUGACCUAACAGAAGAGCUUCAUCAGAAGGAGAUCACUAUAGCAACUGUCACGAAGAAAGCUGCCCUUCUAGAAAAACAGUUAAAAAUGGAAUUAGAAAUAAAAGAAAAAAUGUUAGCAAAACAAAAGGUCUCAGAUAUGAAAUAUAAAGCUGUCAGAACUGAAAACACACAUCUAAAAGGAAUGAUGGGAGAUUUAGACCCUGGACGAUACACGCAUCAAAAGAGUACAAACAUUCUGGAAGCAUUCUGUCUUCUUCUUUGGGCAUGGUUAGUGAAUCCUGUGAUUGGAGUACAGAUGGAUAAAAAUAUCCGUUGGUAUCUUUCCAAGAGUAUGGACUUCACUAACAGGGAACAUUCAAGGCAUACAUCUAUUAAUAAACUGCAAUAUGAGAAUGAAAGGCUCCGAAAUGAUCUUGCAAAACUUCAUGUCAAUGGCAAAUCAACCCGGACUAAUCAAAACACCUAUGAAGAAACAGGAAGAUAUGCCUAUCAAAGCCAAAUAAAAGUGGAAAAAAAUGAAGAGAGACUUAGUCACGAUUGUGAGCCAAAUAGAAGUACAACGUCUCCCUUGCCACCUUUGACAUUUCAAGCCAAAGAAAUGACAAGUCCUUUGGUUAGUGAUGAUGAACUAUUCCCACUGUCUCCCCCAGAUAUGUCCUUCCCAGCAUCUUUGGCUGCACAGCAUUUCCUUCUGGAAGAAGAGAAACGAGCAAAAGAACUUGAAAAACUUCUAAAUACACAUAUUGAUGAACUGCAAAGACACACAGAAUUUACUCUUAAUAAAUACUCCAAGCUAAAACAAAACAGACACAUAUGAGCUUUUAAACUUUUUUAUUUGCUCCCCCCCAACCCCCGCAAAGAAAAAAAGCUCUGGCAAAAUAUUUACAAAGCUGAUUAAUGAAACCAAGAAAUUCUGUUCUGUUUCCUUGAGUACAUAAUUUCUGUAAGGCAGCUAGAAAACAGUAUUUUGUUCGAUAAAGCUGUUUGCAUUUCUGCAUUAACAUGCUAAAUUGUCCUGCUGUAGAGUUACUACAAAAUAAACAUGACUAUUCCAAAAGAGAUUUUUUUCCAGUCUGAGGAAUAUUUUGGAAUUAAAUAUGCAGUUUUUUUCCCCACUUGAAUCAUGUAUACUGAAAACCCAUUUCCUCGGCAACUACACAAAAUAAGAGAAAGGGAAGUGCUAUAUUCCAGAUACAAAUGACUCAAAGGCAGCUCAGUUGUACUGGUUUUGAAAACUCAAGGAUUUUAUAAAUAAAAAUAUUUAAGUAUUUCCAGUUACAUAAACACUCUAAAAUUCUAUAAUUUUUUGAAAAAAAAAAGCUAUAGCUUUAUUGUUUUUACAUUCACCUUUAUAAUGUCUGUCUGUUUCAACACAAUGAAGAUACAUGGAAUGUGCAAUUUACAAACCUAAAAUAUAUAUGCCAAAAAUUAACGCUUUUUUGUUAGUACUAAUUACUUCAUGGACACAAACGAGAUAAAGUAAAUAUAAAGCAUUACUGUUGCUACAUUUUCCUUUGUAAUCACCUCUGUUUUUAAUACAAUAAAGGAAUGUAAAAUUCAAUGG